GGCACUACCUGAGUUUAGCAGGUUACUUUGCUUUCAAGAUCUGUCUUGCUUCAUAAAAGCUUGAGUGGGAUCCAGUGAACAUCCUGUACACCCUAAUGUUUAUCAAGGUGAAGUUAGAGAGGGACAGACAGGUAGUUGGCUGCAGCUCCGGUAGAGUUAAGAAAAGACCCCCGAUGAGACCCAAGUAGACGAGGACAGCAGAACCUGGAUACCCAUGUUAUUGUUCUUUGCCCUUAUUUUCUUAUCUCCCACUAGAUAACAAUUGUUUUUACUCAGUUGUUACAAAAAGCAAAACGAUUCCUCAGGCAGAAACAUUUUAGACAAAGAGCCUUGCCUGGUACGCCGGACGCCAUCAUGAAAUUUUCUGCAAUUUUCUUACUCACAGCUGUCACAGGCUGUGUUGGAGCAGCUGCUGAUCAGCAAAUGUUGCAGGAUGAAAUUUAUUCUGCACUCAUAACCAGAAUCGAGGGUCUUGUGAACAGAGUUAGAGGUCUAGAGGACAUGGUCAGAACGCAAGCACAACUACUUGACAAUAUGGUUUCUGAGAGAAAGGAUUGGCUGGCGGAGAAGCAGUCCUUGCAGACAAGCUUUGAACACCUGAGGACGGUGUGCUCAGCAUCAAAAGUCAUCUCUUCAGACGAUAAAACAGAAAAUGAGAGCAAAGCUGUGGGUCAGACACCAGAAAUAGCGAGAGAAGCUGUCGACAACCAAAAGUUUGUUCGGUCGGACGACAGUGACCCUCUGGUACCGAUCGUGACCCAGCUCUCACAGAAGGUUUCCGAAAUGAGUGCCGAGCUCCAAGUCACGAAGACUGGACUGACCGAAGCUUCCACCUCUGUCUUUGUCAACUGGGGAAGCUCCUCGUGUCCAGACUCUGCUGUUCUUGUCUACUCCGGCGAGGUCGGGGGUUCUCAUUAUACUUCCCUCGGGGCAGCAGCCAACUACCUGUGUCUGCCUCUCUCUGGAGUAAACCUGGUCGACAGUUCCAACUCCAACAACGCGGGGCUUUACGGAUCGGAGUUCGAGAGUCAAGACAGUCACCAAGAUAAAGAUGUUGUGUGUGCCGUGUGUCGAUCGUCACGUGCCAACAACGUGAUGAUUCCGGCGACGACUGUCUGUCCGGGUGGCUGGACCUCGGAGUACAGCGGGUGGCUGAUGGCAGGGUACCCCGCGCAUAAUGCUGCCUCGGAAUUCAUCUGCGUGAACUCCAAGAUGGAGGAGAGGUUAGCCAGUGAAACAGAUAAUAACGGCAAACUCUUGUACUACACGGUCACGGUGUGUGGGAGUCUGCCAUGUCCUCCCUACGUCACUGGAAAGAGGGUCACGUGUGUCGUCUGCUCUAAAUAAAGAGCUACAAAAGGAAAUCAAGAAGAGACAGCCAACAAACCUUCGCUGCCAAUAUAUUCAAUCAUUGUUACAUGUAUGGCCGACAUGGUUUACUGCAUAAGUUCAUGUAUUUUGUAAACUUCUUACUAAGUCCGUGGAAAAUGAAUAAAAAAGACAUCGAAUAAUUCAUUCACAA